GCGGAGCGCAGCUGAGCGCAGCAGAAUGGAAAGCCUUUCCAAAGACGCAGAGAGGGGCGCGUAGGACCGGCGUGGGGACCCCAACUCUCCUUCCAUCAUAUAUCCACGGACACGCGUACCGGCUCGCGUGAACCACGUUUGUCAGGCUGGACGGGACGGCGAGAACACCCACUUCACACUCGCGCACACAUGCCCACACGCCCACGGAGACGCACACUCUGGAGCGCACCAUGGUGGUCCAGGGCGCAGUGACGCCCGGGAGAACCCGCCGGCUGAUGCUUAAACUGCCGGUGGGAACUCUGCGGAGGAACAGUGGAGAAAGAAUGACAGAGGGGCGACGAUGUCAGGUCCACCUCCUGGACGACAGGAAGCUGGAGCUCCUCGUACAGCCCAAGCUGAUGGCUAAGGACUUGCUGGACCUCGUGGCGUCUCACUUCAACCUCAAGGAGAAGGAGUACUUUGGAAUUGCAUACACAGAUGAAACGGGCCAUUUUAGCUGGCUGCAGCUGGACCGAAGGGUAUUAGAACAUGAAUUCCCCAAGAAGUCUGGUCCCAUUGUCCUCUACUUCUGUGUCAGGUUCUACAUUGAGAGUAUAUCCUACUUGAAGGACAAUGCCACCAUUGAGCUGUUCUUUCUUAAUGCCAAGUCCAUCAUCUACAAGGAGCUCAUUGAAGUAGACAGUGAUGUCGUCUUCGAAUUGGCUUCCUACAUUCUACAAGAGGCAAAAGGUGAUUUCACCAGUAAUGAUGCAACCAGGUCUGACCUGAAAAAGCUGCCCGCUCUGCCCACCCAGGCCCUGAAGGAGCAUCCGUCUCUGGCCUACUGUGAAGACCGGGUCAUAGAGCAUUACAAGAAGCUCAACGGGCAGUCUAGAGGACAGGCUAUUGUAAAUUAUAUGAGCAUUGUAGAGUCUCUGCCCACAUAUGGAGUGCAUUACUAUGCUGUAAAGGACAAGCAGGGAAUCCCAUGGUGGUUGGGUCUGAGCUAUAAAGGCAUCUUUCAGUAUGACCACCAGGAUAAAGUCAAACCCAGGAAGGUGUUCCAAUGGCGUCAGUUGGAGAACCUCUACUUCAGAGAGAAGAAGUUCUCAGUGGAAGUUCAUGACCCCAGGAGUAGGGCGUCGGUAACAAGAAGGACGUUUGGUCACAGCGGCAUUGCUGUGCAUACCUGGUACGCUUGUCCUGCCCUCAUCAAGUCCAUCUGGGCCAUGGCCAUCAGCCAACACCAGUUCUACCUGGACCGCAAGCAGAGCAAGUCGAAGAUCCAUGCUGCGCGGAGCUUAAGUGAGAUUGCUAUCGAUCUUACGGAAACGGGAACUUUGAAGACCUCCAAACUGGCCAACAUGGGCAGCAAGGGCAAGAUUAUCAGUGGCAGCAGUGGCAGUCUGCUCUCCUCAGGCUCUCAGGAAUCGGACAGCUCCCAGACGGCUAAGAAGGACAUGCUGGCAGCACUGAGGGCCAGGCAGGAAGCUCUGGAGGAAACACUAAGACAGAGACUAGAGGAACUCAAGAGCAUCUGCAUAAGAGAGGCGGAGCUAACAGGAAAACUUCCAAAGGAAUAUCCUCUGGAUCCUGGAGAGGAGCCACCCACAGUGAGACGGAAGAUCGGUACCGCCUUCAAACUGGACGAGCAGAAAAUUCUACCGAAAGGAGAGGAAGAGGAGCUUGAGCGUUUGGAGCGGGAGUUUGCCAUUCAGUCCCAGAUUACAGAGGCAGCCAGGCGUCUUGCCAGCGAUCCUCACGUGAGCAGCAAGAAGCUGAAGAAACAGAGGAAGACUUCUUAUCUGAACGCACUGAAGAAGCUCCAGGAAAUCGAGAACUCCAUCAAUGAGUACCGGGUCCGCUCUGGCAAGAAGCCUACACAGAGGGCGUCGCUUAUCAUAGAAGAAGCUAAUAUGUGUUCUGAAGACAGCUCAUUGUCUGAUGCAUUGGUUUUGGAUGAUGAUGACCCUCAAGUCACAGGUACCCCCACCUUCUCACCAGUAGCAUCGCCUCACAAGGGCCUCCCUCCGCGACCUCCAUCUCACAGUCGACCCCCUCCACCGCAGUCCCUGGAUGGCCUGCGACACCUGCACUACACACGCUCCGACUACGAUAAAUCCCCCAUCAAACCCAAGAUGUGGAGUGAAUCGUCACUGGAUGAGCCUUAUGAAAAAGUCAAGAAACGCUCUUCUCACUCCAGUCACAGGCGUUUCCCUAGUUCUGGCAGUGCAGAAGCAGGGGGUAGUAACUCUCUGCAGAGCAGCCCCAUCAGGAGCCUCCCUCACUGGAAUUCUCAGUCCAGCAUGCCGUCGACCCCGGACUUGAGGACCAGGACCCCACACUAUGUACAUUCCACCAGGUCAGUGGACAUCAGUCCCACACGUCUGCACAGUCUCUCUCAGCACUUUAGGAACCGCAGCUCCAGCCUUGAGUCUCAGGGCAAACUGCUUGUGUCCGAUCCCGACGCACACCCGCACACCCUGGGCAGCCCUGACUUCUUCCUCGGCCCAGGACGCAGCUCCAAUGGCUCUGACCCACUGGACGACUGCUCAUCCUGCACCAGCCAAAGCAGCUCAGAGCAUUACUACCCCUCUGGUGGACCCCCAGGCAGCAACCCAAACUACUCUACUCUGGGAGAGGAUUCGCCCUCCAAAGCCAGGCAGAGGCAGAGGCAAAGGCACAGGUCUGCCGGUCAUUUGGGUUCCUCUAACUCUGGCUCGAUGCCAAACCUGGCAGCUAAGAACGGCUCUGGUGGAGGCACAGGUGGAGGCGGGGUGGGAGGGGGACACCAUGGAGUGUACCUCCACAGCCAGAGCCAGCCCUCCUCCCAGUACCGGAUCAAGGAGUACCCUCUGUACGUGGAGGGCAGCCCCAACCCGGUGGUGGUGCGCAGCCUGGAGAGCGAUCAGGAGGGCCACUACAGCGUGAAGGCUCAGUUCAAGACCUCCAGCUCCUACACGGCCGGUGGACUGUACAAGGAGGCCUGGGGUGGAGAGGAGGGAGGAGAGGGAAGCGGCCGACUCACACCGUCGCGCUCUCAGAUCGUACGGACUCCGUCAUUGGGGCGAGAGGGUGGUGGAGGAGGGGGGAGGGCGGCGGUGUCUGAAGAGCUGCGGUGCUGGUACCAGAGGUCUUCAGGGAGCCUAAAGGAGAGGAGUCACUCACAUUCAGGAUCCACAUCCUCCGAGACUGGGUCGCAGCAAGGCACUCUGGGACACGGUCGAGGGAGUAGAGUAGGAACACUCGUCAAAGGCUCACCAGCUGCAUCCCCCCACAGCCAGAGGAGUAUGACGCCCUCCAGCGAACACGCAGCCACACCCACACCCCCCUGUAGCCCACAGCACAUCCUCAACUGGCAGAGCGGGUCUUUCAGUGACAGCUGUUUUCUCAGCAGCCCCCUGUGCUCAGAGCUGGCAGAUGUGCAGUGGUACGGACAAGACAAGGCCAAACCUGGAACGCUGGUCUGAGACCUUCCUGUAGGGCCUAGACAAGUCUCAUUGCCCUCUCCUACUGCCUCCCCACUGUCCCUCACUACUACCCAUCAACAACCAACAACCUCAUCCUUUAAACCCUACAAAAACCCUGCCCUGACCAGACUGGCGGACUGGACAUGAGCCUCCUUCCUCCUUAAAUCUCCACCACCUCUUUAUUAUGCCCUGGUUAUCACAGCUCAGCUGGACAGGGACACACUCACUGGGCUCUGAUAAGGGCUGAUUUCACAGGACGGACUGAGAAGUGCCACCUCAGCUGUUGAACUGUUGCCCUACAGCACCACAGAGCCCUUUCUUUAACUCACUUUCUGCAGCACACGAGCAGCGGGGCAAGCGGAAGCAGGCGAUGGGAAGAGAGAGCACAGAAGAAUAUCAAAUAUACAACUCAAACUUCAACAAAACCGGCCAUUCCAGGAUCUGUUUCAUCUCAUCUUUGCGCCCCGACCUUACUCACUCCAGUGCACUGCCACUCAAUCAGAAGACACCUGCUGGAUUUGAGCCACCAGCUGAAAACCAGUUUCAAGGCCCAAAUGAUCUGUGUUGCAUUUCAUUACUCACAUUAAUGUUGUCUUCUUUUUUUUUUCUUCUUUUCUUUAUUUCACCCAUUCAUAUUUAUAAAAAAGAGAAAGUGACACUUUUCAAAAAGUCUAGACUAACACACAUUCGGAUGACAGAUUUAACACAUCGCAGUUUAUUCCACAACCAAAGACAGCAGCCGGAUCGACUGGUCACACCAGAAUCUCUGAGCAGGUGACUGUAUAAGAGUGAAGUCACGGUGACAACAUCAGGACGGUUUCUGGGAUUCUGUCUCAGAUCUUGAUGAGGACUAUAGCAAUAACAAACCUUGUACAAGUCUGUGAGCUGUUUGAAUCAACAGAGUGAACUGAAGCAGGCGUUCUCUGCCUUGUGAUGGUUGGAGCAAAGCAUCAUUAGUGCUUCAUAGGGAGAGUUUGGAGUUGUGGUUAUUGGAUUUGGCAUUAAUCUAUGCUUUCUUCAGUGACUUCAUAAUUUGUUUUAUGUAUUCGGUCAUCUGUCCACAGCAGUUUGUCUGACCGCAUGGUGAGUUGUGAUCAGUACUGUAGCCAGAACAUGGAGGGGUUCGGGCAGUCCGGGGUCAUCUGAGGGUGCUGUGGCCGCAUCAAGUCACGAUUUACUGCAACUUUUUAAGUUUGGCUGCAGUUUUUAAAUAGAAAUAUGAUAUUCAGAUAUGUUAAUUUUAUCCCCUACAAGUAAAAAAAAAAAUAAAAGGCUGCCCCCAUCAGUUAGUCGUUUGAUACUGAGGCUCUCUUCUUCUCCUUUGGUCUCGGCUCUGUACCAGCUCUCAGUCCCUUUAUAGCGCUGUGUUGUUUCAUCUCUCUGUCCAUCUCUUGAGUCUGACAAGAGCAGCCCGACUGAACUUACUUUUCCCAACAUGUUGGUGCUUUUACAUUUCUACUGUAAUUUAGUACUGAAGCUUUUUCGAGCUACAUACGCCUUCAAAUCCACACCCCCGCAGUGUAAAGCCAUUCUAUAAAAUAGCAGAAAAAAAACAGAAGACAGUCAGCAAGCGUUUGCUUAAUUUGGCAUCGGGUGAAAUAGGAUUUAUUUAGAUGUACUUUGUUCUGAAAGCACAACGUUAACGGUGUCUUUGAGGGCUGGAACUGCAGUUUGUGUAUUCGCAUAUCAAAGUUCUUUUUAUUCGUGUAGAAACAUUGAUGGAUUUCAGGUGGAUAAUGAUUAAAACCCCACUGUAAGGGCAGAUGAGAGAGCUAUAGCCAGAACUGAGGAAAACAAAACAUUUUCUAACACGCCCUAAUCAACAAUCAGAUAUUCAGAACAGGGUUAGAAAAGCACACCUGGUUUUGUAUGAAGGAAUUAAAGCUGUUUGUUUUUAGCUAUCAUCGAACCAGUUUCCCCUCAUCUUCCCUCGAUCGAUGUUUAUCCUGCAGAAUGAUUUUCACCUUCAUGUGGAGCGGAAAUAAAUUAAUGUCACUAAAAUGAUCACAGAUUGUAAAUCUCAUUGACGGAGAGAAGUGGACAUCUUUUUAGUCGUAUCGCACCGUUCCCACUGGACUGUGCUGCCCCGCAUGGGAGGAACGGUAUAUAUCUCACCCUGUCCUAAAUAGUGUCGUGUUUCCUUCAUGCGCCGUUGUUGUAAUCCGCCACUUUUUCUGCACUAGAAGCUCCCGCUCCCUGCAUGGUUGGUUCUUCAAGAGUUACUCAUCCACGAUUGGUCCAAUUUAACAACCCAACACUGGAGCCAGCGACCACUGGUUCCCAUGAAUCUAGUGUAUUGAUCCUGCGUUUUCUCUCUGAAAAUCUUUGCCCACCAUUCGAAGACACGAUCCCCGUGCAUGCCGUGCAGAUCCACUGACAAAACGAAGACCCCAAAGACAGCAUCUCCUCAACAUUAGCACGUUUUGCUCCAUAGUGUCGACCCGCCCACCCACCAAAAAAAAAAUAAAAAAUGUCGCCCUUGUUAUGAUCUGUUAUAAUCUCUGAUCUCUGAGCCCGUUGUGAAGAAGUGUGACAUCGUUUCCCCCUCUGUAGUUCCAAACAACAUAUUUCCUGUUCUCCAUGCAAACGUAUGAGGUUUUUUUGUAAUACUCCAAGAGAAAUGAACUAACUAUUUUAUCAGUCUUUACCUGUAUGUACGGAGGGGCACCGUUAGGUUUUGUGGGGUUUUUAACAUUCACAUUCAUUGUUUUAACAAUGUUCCAUUUUAUAUGAACCAGUAUUGUUUUUGUUUUUUUUAAGUUCUGACCUUGUAACAACCCUUUCAGGUGCUACAAAAUGACCAGUUACUGCUUUGUCACGUAGGAUCUAGACAUUUCUUCAUCAUUACCAAUAGAUUCAAUACCAGAUGUGCAAAAUGAAGCUUAUUUUAACAGACAGUUUAAUAGUAGAACACUUCCUCUACCAGACAAUAGAGCAUGUAACUCGAUUUUAUCAGUUCUGUUCAACUGUAACAAUACAUUAAAGGUGUUGUAGAAAAAAAAAUGUGGAAUUGAUUUAAAAAAAACAAACACACAAAAAAAAGCAGAAUUCCACAGUUAAUUUAUUCUUUUUUCUAUUAAGAAUUUGUAUAGUAACUUUACAUUUUUCAAAACCGUGUUGUUGGAAAUUGAUGAUGAAUUUUCAAGAUGAGAAGCCGUGGUGGUUCUUGAGAGUAAGAAAAAUAAAUUAUUGAUGAAUGUUCUCAAGA